CAUAUACCUCCUCAUCUACCUUGGCACCCACAAAAAACAAGACUGGUCAGACCUACUCAUCACAAAUACUAUCAAAUCCCAAAAAUAUCAUCACAGUCGCCGUUGCAUCGCUUCUACGGAGGUUCACCUGUGCGUCGCCGCCCACCGAAGUGAGCGACUCUUGCCUCUGCGGGCUUCUGAUUUCGGAAAAGCGACGCCGAAGACGCCACCGCACUGCGCCGCUGCCUCCGCCCUCCACGGCACCACCCUCCAGUAGUCCAGAAAAUUGGAUAGCAGGAGGGCAUUGGACCAAUAAAUAUGGACACCACAACUACUACUUUGGAACCUGAUAGUGUCGGCGGUGGCGGUUUGUAUAUACCUGGGAAAGAUCGAGUUGUUUUUAAACAACCCGAGCGCAAAUCACUUUUUGGGCUUGAUGUACUAGCUAGUACAAAAAGAGAAGGAUCUACAGUAGACAACUCAUUUAAAGUCCCAAAAGAAAGAGUAGCAUCUGUUGUGUCAGCUAUAGAUGAAUGCGAAGACACUUCUACUGUGACCGGAGAAAUAGAAGAUGGUCCAUCUCGUGGUUCACGUGGUCACACUAGUAGGCGAUAUCGUGAUCAUCUUGCUAGCGAUGAUUCUACCUCAGGUAUUACAGUAACCGUAGGACGAGAAAGCAGAACACUCUUAAAGCCUCUUCCUGAUGAACACCAUCAGGCUUCAACGCAUUCUACGGGAAGAUCAAGAAGGGAUGAUUAUAGGAGCAAAACUAGAAGAGACAACAAUUAUGGCGAAGAUCAUCGGCGUAGGGAAUCAUCACACAGUUUUGGAAGAGAGUACAAUGAUGAUAGCAGAAGGAAACGAGGUAGAUAUGAAAGCCCCCGGAACACACAUGGAAGCUCUAGCUGGGAUGAUGGCAACUCGGAGUGGGAAGAUACCCCUCGCCGGGACAGUUUUUCCAACCGUAGUAGGAGUAGCCAUUAUCAUUCCCCAUCGCCAAUGUAUAUUGGAGCCUCACCUGAUGCGCGACUUGUUUCCCCAUGGUUGGGAGGCCAUACUCCUCGCUCUGGAGCUGCUUCUCCUUGGGACAGUGUUGCUCCAUCGCCAACUCCAAUACGAGCAUCUGGCGCUUCUGUGAGGACCUCAGGGUCUCGAUAUGGUGGAAAAUUUAGUCGGGGUUCUCUUUCUACUAAUGCCACCAUGUCUGAGGAAGGAGAUGGCAAUACACUUGGGUCUGAAGACAGCAAUCAAGAGAUCUCUGAAAGUAUGCGUCUAGAGAUGGAGUACAACUCUGAUCGUGCCUGGUACGACAGAGAAGAAGGAAGCAGUACAUUUGACAUGGAUAGGUCAACCCUGUUUUUAGGCGACGAGGCAUCUUUUCAGAAGAAAGAGGCUGAGCUGGCUAAAAGACUUACUCGAAAAGAUGGCUCUAAGAUGUCACUUGCUCAGAGCAAGAAGCUGUCACAGCUAACUGCAGACAAUGCUCAGUGGGAAGACCGUCAGCUUCUAAGAUCUGGAGCUGUUAAAGGCACUGAGGUGCAAACAGAAUUUGAUGAUGAAGAUGAAAGGAAGGUUAUUCUCCUUGUCCAUGAUACAAAACCCCCUUUUCUGGAUGGAAGAAUUGUGUUCACAAAGCAAGCUGAACCAGUAAUGCCUAUCAAGGACCCCACAUCGGACAUGGCCAUAAUAUCACGGAAAGGAUCUUCGCUUGUUCGUGAAAUACAUGAAAAACAAAGCAUGCAUAAAUCCCGUCAACGGUUUUGGGAACUUGCUGGAUCAAAACUUGGUGACAUCUUAGGGGUUGAAAAAACAGCUGAACAGAUUGAUGCAGAUACUGCUGCAGUGGGUGAACAAGGUGAGGUUGAUUUCAAGGAAGAAGCUAGGUUUUCACAACACUUAAAGAAAGGGGAAGCAGUGAGUGACUUUGCAAAAUCCAAAACGAUCUCACAACAGAGGCAGUAUUUGCCCAUAUUUUCUGUUCGCGAUGAGUUUAUGCAGGUGGUUCGUGAAAACCAAAUUGUAGUAGUUGUUGGAGAAACUGGUUCAGGGAAGACUACACAAUUGACACAGUACCUACAUGAAGAUGGCUACACAAAAAAUGGGAUAGUUGGUUGCACUCAACCAAGGCGUGUAGCAGCUAUGAGUGUUGCAAAAAGAGUUAGUGAAGAGAUGGAAACUAAGCUUGGAGAUAAAGUAGGAUAUGCUAUUCGUUUUGAAGACGUGACUGGCCCAAACACUGUUAUCAAGUACAUGACAGAUGGUGUGCUUCUGCGGGAGACACUGAAGGAUUCUGAUCUUGAAAAAUAUAGUAUCGUUGUAAUGGAUGAAGCGCAUGAGAGAUCAUUAAACACUGAUGUGCUGUUUGGCAUACUUAAAAAAGUUGUUUCCCGGCGUCGUGAUUUUAAGCUUAUUGUGACAUCUGCCACCCUAAAUUCACGUAAAUUUUCUGACUUCUUUGGGAGUGUACCUAUCUUCAACAUCCCAGGGAGAACAUUUCCCGUUCAGCAUAUGUACAGCAAAACCCCUUGUGAAGAUUACGUGGAGGCUGCUGUAAAGCAGGCUAUGACCAUCCACAUAACUAGCGCUCCCGGUGAUAUACUCAUAUUCAUGACUGGUCAAGAUGAGAUUGAAGCUACAUGUUAUGCACUUCAAGAACGAAUGGAACAGUUAGUCACCUCAACUAAGCAGGCUGUACCCAAGCUACUUAUUCUUCCCAUUUACUCCCAACUGCCUGCCGAUUUGCAGGCUAAGAUCUUUGAUAAGGCAGAAGAAGGAGAACGCAAGUGCAUUGUUGCCACAAACAUUGCUGAGACAUCCUUAACGGUUGAUGGGAUUUUCUAUGUGAUCGAUACCGGUUAUUCUAAGAUGAAGGUGUACAAUCCACGGAUGGGCAUGGAUGCUCUCCAAGUUUUUCCGGUCAGUCAAGCAGCGGCAAACCAGCGAGCUGGGCGGGCCGGCAGAACUGGGCCCGGAACUUGCUACCGACUCUACACUGAAAGUGCAUAUCAGAACGAGAUGCUUCCAAGCCCCGUACCCGAAAUCCAGAGGACAAAUCUUGGGAAUGUAGUCUUACUGCUCAAGUCUCUCAAGAUCUCAAAUUUGCUGGAUUUCGAUUUCAUGGACCCUCCUCCUCAGGAAAACAUCCUCAACUCCAUGUACCAGCUGUGGGUAUUGGGUGCACUCAGCAACGUCGGGGACCUGACUGAUAUUGGUUGGAAAAUGGUAGAGUUCCCGUUGGACCCACCUCUUGCCAAGAUGCUUCUCAUGGGUGAACAACUAGAAUGCUUGAAUGAAGUUCUCACCAUCGUGGCAAUGCUUUCGGUACCCUCAGUUUUCUUCAGGCCCAAGGACAGGGCAGAAGAGAGCGAUGCUGCUAGGGAGAAGUUCUUUGUACCCGAAUCCGAUCACCUCACACUCCUCAAUGUCUACCAACAAUGGAAGGAAAAAAGUUACCGGGGCGAUUGGUGUAAUGACCAUUUCCUACACGUGAAAGGCUUGCGCAAGGCCAGAGAGGUCAGAUCCCAGUUGCUGGAUAUUCUCAAGACCCUAAAAAUCCCACUCACCUCAUGCGGACCGGACUGGGACAUCGUGAGAAAGGCAAUCUGUUCUGCAUAUUUCCAUAACUCAGCCAGGCUAAAGGGUGUGGGUGAAUAUGUGAAUUGCAGGAAUGGAAUGCCUUGUCACCUGCACCCCACCAGUGCACUCUAUGGGUUGGGUUACACACCAGAUUACGUCGUCUAUCACGAGCUGAUCUUAACGACAAAGGAGUACAUGCAGUGCGUCACGUCAGUGGAGCCGCACUGGUUGGCAGAGCUGGGCCCCAUGUUUUUCUCCGUCAAGGACUCGGACACGUCCAUGUUGGAACACAAGAAGAAGCAGAAGGAAGAGAAAACUGCCAUGGAAGAAGAACUUGAGAACCUGAGGAAUGUGCAAGCUGAGAAUGAUAGAAGGAAGAAAGAAAAGGAGAGGGAGAAGAGAGAGAAGCAACAGCAACAGAUUUCAUUGCCUGGCUUGAAGAAAGGUUCUUCUACUUACCUUAGGCCAAAGAAACUGGGCCUCUAAAAUGGAGUACCAUUUUUCCACAUAAUUUCUUACCUGGGAAAAAAAGUUGAUCUUGAGAUUGAUUUACCCUAAACGCGUUUGACGGGUGUGGUUCGGGCGUAGUUUUUAGAACCAAAGAGAGACCGUGCUGUCAUCGGUCGGAUCGUGGUCGAACAAAUUGUCUUGUAAAAUUAGUAUAUGAAAUGUAAAUUCCUAUGUAAUUGCCUUUUUUUAAUUAGUAGUUUAUAACUUUUUUAUAUUUUUUUAAUUAGUAGUUUAUAAUUUUUUUAUAAUUUCAACAAUAACGGGAUUAUUACCGAUGCUGAAAAUAGAUACUUUCUUCCCAAAUGAAUUUUUUGUACGUGG